AUGACCACCAAGGAGAAGAAUUUUAAUAUACCCUUUACUGGAAGUGAUGUAUUUGUAACUUUGAAGAUAGUGUAUAGUCAACUUGAUGCAGCACACUCACAUUCAAGUUUUGCCGAAUCUACUAACAAUAAUAAAGUUUAUCUCCGCCGCAUGAAUAAGAAGAAUGUUGAAAAUGUGAAAGAGCAGCAGCAAAUUUUCAGUGCGUAUAAUAUAGUAAUUCCAGGCCAGGGCAAAGCUCCUAUCAAGACGGACAUACAGGUAGAGUUACCAGAAGAUUGUUAUGGCAGGGUGGCACCACGAUCUGGUCUUUCCUGGAAGAAUCACAUUGAUAUUGGAGCCGGUGUUAUUGACCGAGACUACCGGGGAAAUGUUGGCGUUGUUCUCUUCAACCACGCCAAGACUGAUUUUGAAGUAAAGAAGGGUGACCGAGUAGCUCAGCUCAUAUGUGAAAAAAUAGUGUAUCCAGAGGUUUGUGAACUCGUAGACACAGAACGAGGUGCUGAUGGUUUUGGAUCAACUGGAAGAAAUAAAAAAUCCACCAUCUAG